AUGUAUUGCUGUUCAUCGGAUACGUGUCGAGCAAUAAUCGAACAACAUUUAAAAAAUGAUUUAUUGAAACGUCUUGAUAAAAAAGAUUUUUUAAAUGAAUUUAAUUAUUUAGAAACAAUUCGUGAUAUAAAUCAUCAAUAUGAUGAAAUUGUUUUAACAAAUUCUAUAAUUGAUAAAAGAAUUUUUUUAGAAAAAAAAUCUCAAUUAAAUGACUUAUGUAAUUCAUUAAAUGAAAAUCUAUAUUCAAAAUCUUCUGAAAAUCGAACACCAUUAACAGCAGAUCAACAUUUUACAUCGAAUGAUGAACACAAAGAACUUCUUCUAAUCAAUAUUUAA